GGCUGCAGCAGUCGCGGCAGCGCAACCCCGAGCCCGGGGCGCAGCCGGCCUGAGAGCCGGGCGGGAAGACGGACGCCCGACCGCAGAGAGACAGUCACCGCGCCGCAACUGACCGUGACCCUGACCGCGGGCCGCGGGUGGUAAUUGUCAAACCUGCCAACAUGUCCCACGAGAAGAGUUUCUUGGUGACCGGAGAUGCUAAUACCUCUGCCAACCCUGGAUACCCUGGGGUGGCUCAGCCUCCAAUGCCCCCCUAUGGUCAACCAUCCUACCCUGUGGCCCCACAGCCCCCCUUUCAGGCUGGUUAUGGCCAACCAGGGUACCCCCAGGGGCCCUACCCCCAGGGGCCAUAUCCUCAGGGGCCAUAUCCUCAGGGGCCAUAUCCUCAGGGCCCUUACCCAGUAGGGGGUUACCCCCAGGACCCCUACCCACACAGACCUUUUCCCACUAAUCCUUAUGGACAACCACAGAGCUUUCAGGACCCCAACUCACCAAUACGUGGAAACUACCAUGGGGAAGGGCCCCCAUCCUAUUAUGACAACCAGGACUUCCCGACCACAGACUGGGAUGACAAGAGCAUCCGUAGGGCAUUUAUUCGAAAGGUGUUCCUGGUCCUUACCCUGCAGCUGACUGUGACCCUCUCCUCUGUGGCUGCAUUCACCUUUGUGGACCAAGUGAAGAUCUUUGUCCGGACCCAUGUCUGGACCUAUUAUGUCUCCUAUGCCUUCUUCUUUGUCUCUCUCAUUAUCCUUAGCUGCUGUGGGGAUUUCAGACGAAAGCACCCUUGGAACCUCAUUGCCCUGUCCAUCCUGACCCUGAGCUUGUCAUACAUGGUGGGCAUGAUUGCGAGCUUCUAUGAUACGGAUGCUGUCAUCAUGGCUGUUGGUAUUACCACUACCGUCUGCUUUACUGUGGUCAUCUUCUCCCUGCAGACCCGGUAUGACUUCACCUCCUGUAUGGGCAUCCUCCUGGUGAGCACAGUGGUACUGCUAAUCUUUGCUCUCCUCUGCAUUUUCAUCCGAAACCGGAUCUUGGAAAUAGUCUAUGCUUCGCUGGGAGCUCUGCUCUUCACCUGUUUCCUGGCAGUGGACACCCAGCUGCUUCUGGGGAACAAGCAACUGUCUCUGAGCCCCGAGGAAUAUGUGUUUGCUGCCCUGAACCUCUACACAGACAUAAUCAACAUCUUUCUCUACAUCCUUGCCAUCAUUGGCCGGGCUAAGGAGUAGCCCUGCCUAGCCACCCACCCCACUCUCUCUUCCUUCUUUCCUUCUCUGUUUUCUCCUUCCCCCUUUCUCUAAACUCUCUCCCAACCCCCUUCCCUCUUCCCUCCCCUCUUCCCUCUCUAACCUCUCUUCCCUCUUCCCUUCUCUUUUCUCUCUCUCCUCAAGUCUGGGUGCUGCUGCCUCAUGGGCAAGGGGCAAGGCAGUCUGUGCUCUUCCCCUUCUCCUUCCCUAGGGCUGAGGCUGAGGCUCAGGGAGCCCCCUCCCCCUGUAUAUAAUUGUGCAUAUAUUUAUGUUCAAACCAUAGCUGAGACUGUGGUGGCCCUGUCCGUGUCCCCAGCACGGCCUCACCCAAUUCCAGAGCUUGAGGGGAAGGGACUGACUGAGCCAGGCUCCCUCUCCUUUUACCAUGCUGCAUGAGCCCUGCCCUCUGACCCUGCCUAUUCCCUAAGGUAGGGGCAGGUUUCAGGCUUUAAGGAAGAGGAAUGAGCCCAAGGUCUGAGGGUGCACGUCUUCCUUCAGCACUCCCACCCACUCACCCCUUCAGCCUGGCCCAGAGCAGCCUCUUCCUCCUCCCUUGUCCCCCUGCCCUCCUUUGGGGGAGGAGAAUGCCCCUCCCCUUGGACUGAGCAUAGAGGGGAGGGGGGGACUGGAUGUGUUUCAACCCUCCAGCUACUGUCAAUAAAGCUCUAAUAAAUGUGA